AGCGGUUGGUUGAUGGAGGAAACAACAACAAGCUAGGCAUCAUGAGGGUCCCUGAAACAUUGCUCUGGGCCGCUUUUCUCAUCCACAAGGUGGUGGGAGAGUACGGCAUGGCCCACUUCAGUGACAAGGGCAAAAGCAAAGGAAAGGAUUACUGCAUCUUCUUCAACUCGCAGUGGGCACGUCUACCUCAGGACCUCAACAAGGCUUCACGUCUGCAAAUUUACGACCUCACAACAUCGGUCUUGUGCUCACCCUCUGAUGUCCCAGAGGGAGGCUUCCCAAAUCGUAUCCCCAUGGUGAUGAGGGGCAACUGCACUUUCUAUGAAAAGGUCCGACUGGCCCAGAUUAAUGGUGCCAAGGGCCUGCUCAUUGUCAGCAAGGACAGACUGACGCCACCAGCAGGAAACAAGACUCAGUAUGAGGAGAUCGACAUCCCCGUAGCUCUGCUCAGCUACUCUGACAUGCUGGACAUUAGCAAGACCUUUGGUAAAGGAAGACUGGUUGCCAUGUAUGCACCCAAUGAGCCGGUGUUGGACUACAACAUGGUGAUCAUCUUCUUGAUGGCAGUGGGAACAGUCGCCAUCGGAGGUUACUGGGCCGGCAGCAGAGACAGUAAGAAGCGCUACAUGAAGCACAAGAGGGACGACGGUGCAGAGAAGCAGGAUGAGGAGACCGUAGAUGUCACACCCAUCAUGAUCUGUGUGUUCGUGGUCAUGUGCUGCAGCAUGCUGGUGCUACUCUACUUUUUCUAUGACCGCCUGGCAAUUUGGGUCAUAGCCAUCUUCUGCCUAGCCUCCUCUGUGGGCCUCUACAGCUGUCUGUGGCCUUUUGUCAGGAGACUCCCGUUCUGCAAGUGCAGGAUCCCAGAGAAUAACCUGCCAUACUUGCACAAACGGCCGCAGAUCCGCAUGUUGCUCCUGUCGGCCCUCUGCAUCGGUGUAAGCAUCACUUGGAUGGUGUUUCGCAACGAAGACCAGUGGGCGUGGGUGUUACAGGACGCCCUGGGGAUCGCCUUCUGUCUCUACAUGCUCAAAACAGUCAGACUGCCCACAUUUAAGGCUUGCACUUUACUGCUGGUGGUCCUUUUUGUCUACGAUGUUUUCUUUGUAUUUAUUACACCCUACUUUACAAAGAGUGGGGAAAGUAUAAUGGUGGAGGUAGCGGCUGGUCCCUCUGACUCCUCCACACAUGAAAAGCUUCCCAUGGUGCUCAAAGUGCCAAGGUUAAACUCCUCUCCCCUGGCUCUGUGUGAUCGACCUUUCUCCCUCCUGGGCUUCGGCGAUGUCUUAGUACCAGGUCUGCUGGUGGCGUACUGCCACAGGUUUGACAUUUUAACACAAUCCUCCAGGAUCUACUUUGUGGCCUGUACAAUCGCUUACGGCAUCGGCCUGCUCAUCACGUUCGUGGCUCUGGCCAUGAUGCAAAUGGGUCAGCCGGCACUGCUCUACCUGGUGCCUUGCACUCUGCUCACCAGCCUCGCUGUAGCGCUGUGGCGUGGGGAGUUGCCCCAGUUCUGGACUGGAAGUGGAUUUGUGCCUGCCAUAGCACUUGCACCCAUCAACUGUACACAAACGGCAGCACCACAGACACAGCGGCCCUCAACCAAACCGGAGCCACAAACCACAGAAGCCACCAAUCAGAGCGGAGACUCGCCCCGGCGCUCACCUCAGGAAACGCCCUCAGCUGAGAAACAGGACGAGGAAAACAAAUCCAACUGAAAGGACUUCUUGUACGGCAUUUCCCCAUUUCAUUUCAUGUUUUAUUUGUUGUAAAGUGUUUUUUUCUACAUUCUGUUUCAGUCGAUGGACAUUUUUAAGUAGGGACAUUAAUGUGCACUUGGUUGUGAAGGGAAGAGUAGAGGAGAUCUGCGCUCUACAUGGCUGGCUCAGCAGGGCACCGGGAUCAGACUCACGAAGUUGAAGCACUGAAACUGAAAAGGUUACACACUAAAAGUAUAAAACCUGCACAGGAGCCUCCAAACACUCGUCUACUAACAUCCAAUCUGAACCACCUGUAAAGGGAAUGAAAAGCCAAAUCUGAAAACUACAAACACUAACUACUCCCACUACUUCCAAUGGGAGGCUUUUUAAAAGCCCUGAAGGCCCGAUCACACCAGCAUUUAAGACAACAGUAAAAUAAAUUCAUUUAAAUGGAAUCGCUGUACUCAAAAUUCGCUCGUGGGUGGUGAAGUAAAUCUGUGCAACUUUUUUGCAUUAAGUUGAACUUUGAUGUCCUCUGAUGUGCAAAUUUGCAGCGUCGGCCAAUAGCUAACCAUCUUGACUGUGUCCUUUUGUGACCUUUAGUGAGAAUAGCGUGUCAAUGUGGAGGAGUUAUUGUAACUCAUUAGCUGUGUUGCAUCCUCCAUGUUUAUUUAACCACUUCUGUCAGAGUAUAAACUGCUCCACAGUUUAUAUUCCAGAGGAAGAAUGGUUGACAGAAAGUUAUGAAACAGAUAAAUAUGUUUCAACUGUAUGAAUAUACUUUACCAUUGGCUUAUUUCUUAUCUCAGUAACUCUUUGAGUGAAAUAUUUAGUCCCAAAAUGUCAGAGUAGACUAAACAAACCAGAAACUCAGUGAGCGACUGGGUCUGACUGAUAUGUCACCAGCUGGCUAACUCUUCAGCUACAGUAGUUUACCAACUAGCUCAAGUAUUUCCUUUGUCACCAAGCUUCCAAAAAACAUAUUUCACAAAGACUCACUACCUUAUUUUGUUGUGCCACUUUCUGGUGUGACUGGGCCUUGGGUUUCAGUAUGCUUGAAACAAUCUUGCUUUUAAAUAAUGUGUUGAACGACCGCGUUUAAAGGCAAAAAAUGGUUUCAUUGCUGUUCUUAAUGCUUGAAGAAAGAGUGAAAAGCCUGAUGUCAUAGAGGGGAUGAUACACACACACGCUGCACCUUAUACACUAAAUUCAGAUGUCUGAAAGGGGUGUGUGUGUGUGUGUGUGUGUGGGGGGUGUGUGUGUUUGUACACACACAAACUACAAAAGAAGCCGUUUUAUAUUUUGACACUGGUGUUAAAGUACAGCAGUGAUGGUUUCAUACCCUUUAAAAUGCGGUGCUAUCACGGUUGUUGACUGAGCCAAACCUAUUACAUAUUUUUGUUUUUUUAAACUGAAGCAUUUGUUGACAUUGUCCCUUCUUUUUGUUAUUUUUUAAAACAUUUUUUGCAUGCUAUGAUUUUGAUUUCACCCUCAUAUAAAAAAACUGGUGUAUAAUCUAUAGUACAUACUUUUUAUUGGUGGAGCAACAGUUAAAACUCGGGCCUCCUUUCAGUUAUUCAUAUUGUCUUAAGAAAUAGUAUUGGCCUUACUGUGUUCAUGUUGAGAGUCGACUGUGUCACGUAUGGAAUAUUACAAGUACUGUACUUCAAAGAAAUGCUGAAGUUUGUAUGAGCCGAGGAUCGACUGACCGGUGUGACCAAUGUUCAUAGAUUAGUUUAUAUGAAGCAUUUGCACAAUAUUUUUAUUUUAUUUUAUGGACUGACAGACGUCGUUUGGUUCAUGUCUGUUAAUGUUCAAGAUUUAAAGACACGGACGCCGAGGUAUCAAUAUAUCAAAUAAUCCUGCUUUAGUUUUCCAUUCCUGACCUGAGGGUGUCAUCUUCAACAUCACUCUGUAUAUCAGCAUAGAUAUAUUUCUUAUUCAGUUACAAUGCCUAUUCACCAUUUCAGCAUUUCUAUGUAAGAAUUGAAUCAAAAAGUGAAAAAACCAACAUAUUUGCUAAGGGGUCAGAGGUCAAAUGGGUAUAACUCAGUUAUCUGGAUGUGUGCCCUUGCUGAUUCGACAGCAGUGUUUUCCAGGACACGAGAGUAUUCAUUCACCAAUACAAUUUGUUGUCACCAAGUGGUUUUUAAUGCCUCUGUUGAGGACUACGUAUAAUAAAGAAACAUUGUAUUUAA